CGCCGUCAUCGCAUGUUCCCGUUUGAGCUUCGUUGCAUCUCUUUCCGUCUCUACAACUCCAGCAGCUUGGUAUUCAGUGCUUCUCCUUGCGUCGAGCUACUCUCCAGUGUGAUCCGCUUGGAGAACGCCUGUCUGCCCUCUGGAGUUCCGUGCGGUUCUGCCACGUUUCCGGUUCCUGUGUCCUGUACGGCGUUCCAGCUCUCCUCGUUGUGCGUGCGUGCAGUACACACAGAGUCGUUCCUGUGUUCUUCUGACUUCAUCAUGAAGAGGACCGCGUCUGGUGUUCCCGUGGCAGCCGGCCAGCCCUCGGCAUCGGGAGCCCUCCAGCCCUCGACAUCGGGGCCAGCACAGGUAUGUGCACCGUCAUCAGGGAAUGGAUGUGCGUACUGUGGCAAAUUGUUUUCAGCUAGCCGCAGUGCUAGACGGCACGAGCGCAUCUGCGCAGCUAAUCCCGACUGUACUACCACCAGCCAGUGCCAUACUUGCGGCAAGAUAGUUAGCCGCAAAGACAGUUUGGCCCGCCACAUCUAACUUGUGGGGGCACCGUCGAGCACAGCUCAGGCUCGAGAUGCCAGUUUUGCGGGCAGGCAUUUACAUUUGGACAUGAUGCCAGACGCCACGAAAAGAGCCAGUGCCAGUUCAAUCCUGGUUGUAGUAGCUAUAAAUGCGUAAAGUGCCAGGACGAGUUUACUCGAAAAGACAAUUUAUUUACGCACAUCAAGACGUGCAAGGGCCUGGCCGCUAAGAGACGGCGCGUAGACACGACCUCUAGCCUGCAACAGCCCGGCCCCAGCACUCGUCCGCAAUACGUGACGAGUGUGCCCGACCAGGCACAGGUAGUCUUGGAGGCGCAAGCGCCUGACCAGGCUCAGGUUGACUUGGAGGCAGGCGGUACCGGGUUUGUUGAGGUAGAGAGUGCGUUCCGCCGCAACUUGAAGACAUAUGUGGCGGAAAACAAUAAUGGUGCAACAAAGGAUAUUUGCACUUACAUGACCCAUAUGAAGACUAACCUGAUAAAUCAGAUAUCACAUGAAGUGCAGGAAAAUGGUCCAGUAAAAUUCAACAUCUGGCUCGAGUGUGACUAUAUCAAGCCGGCCCCCUUUGAUGAAGGCGUGGACAAAAGAGCGUUCAAGACCAAAAACAUUCCUAUUUACGAAGUGAGCGAUAUUGAAGAGGCCAUUGAAGAAAGUAUAUUGAAAAUAUGUAAGGAGGAGGAAGAUUAUGCCAGCAAGGGAUCUGGAUGGACCUUGUCUGCCGUGAAGCGACUCCAGCUCCGCUUCAACAAGCUAGUGCCUCUUAGAGUCUCUUCAUACAUUGAUCUGCCUGUCGCCAUCAAGAACCGCGAGGCUAUAAUAAACCCCAAGAACCUCAGUGACAACAUGUGUUUCAAGUGGGCCAUACUGGCGCGGUACGUGGAGGGGGAGAAUCCACGACGAGUUGACAAGCGCUACCACGAGCUUGAAAAUAAAUUUGAUUUUUCAGGGAUUGAGUUCCCCACCCCCCUCCCCCAAAUCAAGAUCAUCGAGAGGAACCAUCCCGAUGUGUCCGUCAACAUCUACAACAUUGACGAGGACAACAAGAUCGCGCCAGUGCGUGUGGGGAAGGAAGAAAAACGACAUCAUUUCGACCUCCUGCUGCUGUCUAACGUAGAAAAUAACUCGCACUUUUGUUAUAUAAAAAAAUUUUCACGUCUUGUCAGACCCCAGAUCACAGCCCACAAAGAGAAAAUCCAUGUCUGCAAGAGGUGCUUCACCUAUUACGAUGACCAGCACCGAGUUUCAGGGCUGACAGGGCAGCAGUGUCUCGACGCGCACAGAAAGUUCUGCAACACCCACGCUCCCGUGCGCGUCGAGAUGCCGAAGCCAGAAAAGAACGGCCAGCCCCCAGUCAUGAAAUUUAAAAACUAUCAUCAUAUGACAAAAAUGCCCAUAGUAGUGUAUGCGGAUUUUGAAGCCCUGCUAGUACCCAUCCAGACAUGCCAGCCGGACCCCCAGAAAUCAGGCACCUAUGCAUAUCAAAAACAUGAAGCAUAUAGCUAUUGUAUACACGUUAAGACCGACAAUGUCGUCAUCCCAGCAACGCUCACUUCCUCGCUGCCACAAGAACCUAUACUCUACAGGAGUCCCGAUGCUGAGAAGAAGUUCGUGGAGACGAUUGUUGAAAUUGGAAAUAAGGUAAAAGACAUUUACGAGACCAGCCUGCCCAUGUCGACGCUGACGGCACAAGAGUACGUCAGCUUCGCCGCAGCCUAUCAGUUCUGCUAUUGUAAUACGGUAUUUACGGCCGAUAAUUAUAAAGUCAAGGACCACGACCACUUCAGUGGAAAAUACCUCGGCGCCGCCUGCAACAGCUGCAACCUUCUGCGCAGGCGGCCCAAGAAACUGGUGGUUUACUUUCACAAUCUAGCCUAUGAUGAGAAGUUCAUAAUAAAACAGCUGGGCUUCGACAACAAGGAAAUAUUCAUCAUCCCCCACACGCAAGAGAAGAUGGUAACAUUUUCAAAGAAGCUGGGCGACAAAUUUUCAGUGCAGUUUGUCGAUAGUUUUAGAUUCAUGGCUCACAGUUUGGCGUCCCUUGCGUCGUACGUGCCAGCCGACCAAUUCAAAGAGACCUCAAAGUAUUUUACAUCUGAAGAAAUGUCCCUCGUCACGAGAAAAGGUGUUUUCCCCUACGAUUAUGUUUCCAGCUGGGAAACACUGGACGAGCCGCAACUGCCACCUAAAGAAAAAUUCUACAAUUUAUUAAAUGACAGCAACAUAAGUGAAGAAGAUUAUCAUCAUGCAAAAGCGGUAUGGGACAAGUUCGGCUGCGUGACCCUGGGCGACUACAGUGAUGUGUAUCUCAAGACCGACGUACUGCUGCUCGCCGAUGUUUUUGAGAGCUUUAGUCUGCUGUGUCUGACAACGUAUGGCCUUGACUGCAGCCACUACGUCAGCGCGCCAGGGUUCACGUUCGACGCAAUGUUAAAGGAGACGCAGGUACGGCUGGAACAGAUGACCGAUUAUGAUAUGUAUAUGUUCAUAGAGGCUGGGAUCAGGGGCGGGGUCGCUCAAGUGGUGAAGCGACAUUGUAAGGCAAACAACACCUGCCUUCCCCGCACCUAUGAUCCCAUCCAGCCGUCGAAUCAUAUAAUGUAUGUUGACGCCAACAAUUUAUAUGGGUGGGCCAUGUCGUUGCCUCUUCCGACCAACGGCUUCAAGUGGGUGGGUGCUGAUAUCGACGUGAUGUCGAUACCUGACGAGGGGCAGACGGGCUACAUCCUAGAAGUUGAUGUGGAGUAUCAGUCUGCCCUCCACGAGGAACAUAAGGACCUACCGUUCCUGCCCGUCAGCCAGUGCCCGCCCGGCUCGCGUCAGUCAAAACUGAUGACGACGCUCGAGCACAAGGAACACUAUAUAGUUCACUACAGAAACUUGAAGCAAGCUCUCCAGCACGGACUGCGAAUAAAAAAAAUACAUAGAGUCCUGGAAUUCAAUCAGCGUGCCUGGAUGGAGCCAUUUAUUAUGAAAAACACGUUGAAAAGACAAGCAGCUACAAACGACUUUGAAAAAGAAUUCUUUAAGCUUGCCAACAAUGCUUCUUUCGGUAAACUUUUAGAGAACAAAUUUCUGAGGCAACGUAUGGAACUUGUGUGCAGCGAUGAGAGACUCAGAAAAGUGAUUGCCAAGCCAGCGUUCCAGGACCGAACCAUCUUCAACGAAAAUCUAUCACUAGUAAAACUUCAACAUGAGAAAAUUUAUCUUGACCGUCCUAUAUAUGCGGGGUUCUCGGUCCUGGACUUGUCCAAAACGCUCAUGUAUAAUUUCCACUAUGAUGUGAUGAAACAGAAAUAUAAGGAUGACAUCACGCUGGCGUAUAUGGACACGGACAGCUUCAUAUAUGACAUCAAGACGUGCAAUUUCUACCAGGACCUGGCCGACGACUCUGCGCUCAUGGAUAUAUUUGACACGAGCAGCUAUCCCAUUGGUCACCCCUGCUACUCACCCACCAAUAAGAAGGUGGUGGGCAAGUUCAAGGAUGAGUGUAACGGGGUGGUGAUGGAGGAGUUUGUCGGCCUAAGGGCAAAACUGUAUACCUACAAGUUCAAUAAUAAUAUCACAAAAAGAGCCAAAGGUAUACAGAAGUGCGUGGUGAAAAAUAAAAUUACAUUUGAAGAUUUUCUCGAGGUCCUGGAAGAACACACAACAAAGCGCGCGCAAGUCCGGUCCAUACGAUCACAUAAUAUGAUAUUAUAUACAGAAUGCUCAAAUAAAAUAUCACUAUCAUGGCACGACGAUAAACGCAUAAUAUGCGACGAUGGCAUAAAUACUUUGCCAUACGGUUAUGAACGGAAUGACUAAAAUAUAAAAAAGUGAAAGUGUAUAUACAAGAACAUUUUUAUAUAACUUGAAAUUGGUGCCUAUACUCGUACGUUUCGCGCAGUAUUCUCUGUAGGGGUGAAGCACGGUGGGGACUUCGUGGGCCCCGAGCCGCUACGGUAGCCGAGAAGGCCCUUCAGGAAUAUGAACCGCAAUGUACGAGUGUGGGACUAGUGUUUGCCACUUGGUAGCCACCCAUGUCUCUGAUGAUUUGGUGUACAUAGCCUUC